UGCUCAUUUGUAAGUGAGUGGAAGACUUGGACACGUUAAACAAGACACAGACUUGACACUUGAAGGAAUAAUAUAAGCUUUGACAUCAUUGAUGUACACAUCUGUACUCCAAUAAGACUAUCAAACUCCGUGUGUCGCAAUAGGCGGAACUACGCCGACGGAAGGAUCAAGGCUCUUAAAGAAUAGGAAUUCACUCUUAAUAUCGAAAGUAAAUAAGGCACGGAUAGGGCGCAGCCUAAAAUCAUCAGCUUCACCUUAAGACAUUUUUCACUGAUCUGAUGACGCAAGGACCUGUGUGAAAGCUUGAGAAUGUCCUUUGCCAGUGAUAGACUGUAUGAUGGCUACAUACGGCGGAACAUGGGGACACUUGUGUCUAAAGUCAAAGUGAGAGAGAUCAUGCCAUAUCUGUCUUGUCUCACUCCGUCUGACCGGGACGAAAUUGAUGCAAAGAGAGAGACCACAGGCAACUACAAUGCCAUGCAGUUGCUUCUGGACUGUCUUAAGAGAAGGGAGAACUGGCCAGAGGAAUUCAUCAAAGCACUGGAGCGCUGUGAGCAGUGGACACUCGCCAGUGAAAUUAGGGCCGAAUACGAGUCCCUUCGCCCAAAUGCAGCUCCUGUGGCCCCUGCAGUGAAUGCCCAUCCCAGUCCUCCCCCAGAUCCCAGUCCUCCAAAUUACCCUGUCCAAGCACCUCUUCAGACUCCAAAAGUGGAAAACCCAUUGCCACAGCCAGAUCCCCAAUCAGUGGCCAUUUCCAGUGAGCAGAAUUUGGCCCCUGUCGAUGUGGAGGCCUCAGGGGUAGCAGCACCUUCUCAAAACCCAGCAGCUUCUUCAGGGGAAUGCCUCCCUGGGCGUUCCUCCCAGGCUCCUGCCUCAGACUACACAUCACUGCCACCCAGCCUCCCCCCAGCCUCAGAUACCCUCACCCCUGGACCUGCAGUUAGUGCUCCUGAACCCCAGAUGUCCCUAGCGAAACCACCAGUUCAGGAGAGCAACAUGCCAUCUGCCAAUGCCACUCAGCAGCCUGUAGAGAACUCUGAUCCAACUGUUAAUCAGGUUGUGGCAAACGAUAUCCAGGCACAUCCAGCACAAGGGAGCUCAGCUCAGCAGACCCACACUGAUAGCCCGGCCAUGUCUUCCCCCAUCGGCUGCCCCGUGAGUGAAGAUGAGUUCCUCAGCAAACCUGGGACACUGCUCUCGUUCAAUGUCCUGGUCCACCGGCCCUCUGGAAACCCGGCCGUCCUGGCACCUGUGCCUGAGGAGUACUCUGGGAACACAGGCCGCCUACAGAUCAGCAGCUCUAGUCUGGAGGGCACAGAGCCCAGUGGGACCACUGUGCCUUCACGCAACGAGCCUGAAGAGAACCAGUACGACUCUGUCUCCUCGAGCCUAGUCAGCAUUCAGGAUGUACGAGUGAAUGUGGGGCACGUGUCCGAAGAUGCCUCCUUGCCAAACUAUACAGGGCAAGCCCCUCCUGUCUCAAACCAACAACCCUCUCUCGCACCCACACAGAGCUCCAGCUCUCCUGGGUCUGAGGCUGAGUUAAACCCAGAUCAGAGAGUAGUUUUCCCACACAACCUGCUAGAGAACUACUACAUCCCUGCACUUGCCAUCGCUGGCUUGUCUGCUGCAGUGAUGCUGUGGAGGCUCAAGAAUUAGGUGGAAGGUAAUGAAUGAUUAUACUGCCCAGUUUCCAAAGUUUUUUUUUAGCAACAUGUAGACUACAACAUUCAGCAUGAAUCUAUUUUAUGGAAGAUUUUUUUUGCUAUUUAGGGUUGGGACAAUGCUGAAAGAAAAAAACAUCCCAUAGGACGUUUUUUACCUAGAAAAUGAGGGAAAGUGAGAUUGCCUCUCAUUUUAACCUGUGCCUAUAGAUUGAACGAAGGACUAUGGGUGUGCAUUUCCUGUCUUUAGUUCUUAGGGCAGUACAUGUCACUAAGUGUGCAACAAAGUUCUCAUUUUACUGUCUUUCUAAAUACACAGGUGAAAGAGUGGGGAUACGAUUUAGGAAAUUAAGAACAGGUUUUGGAAAAUAUCACAUCAUUUGCAUCAAUAAUGUACAAAAAUCAGGCAGUGGUUAGUGUAGAAUGGCAGGUAGGCAUAUGAUUUUCACCAAGGGAAAGGUUAUUUUACAAUUACAUUAAUGUUUUCUAUGCUUUAUUAGAAAAUAAUUAAAAGGCAAUCACAAGAUUUUAUCUAUUUUUUUAUCAGUGAUGAUAAUCACAAUUGAUUAGAACUGAGCAAAAUGGAAUACAUGACUGUUAACAUGCAUACAACGUCAUUAAUAAUAAUCCAACAUUUACAAAAUGUUAGUGUCAUAUAUUUAUGAUACAAACAGGACCUGAAAUUAAAUUGACUCGUUUUGUUUCUUCUUUGAAUACUCUGAAUUUCAUGAAAUUAGUUAGGGACAAACCAAUUUUCAGGUUAAAUUACUCAAAAAACUCGAAUAGUAACUGAAAGCAUUAUGCAAGGAAACCCUUACUAUUUACUGUAUGCAUAUCAGCAUUUUCUUUCUAUUAAUGUUCUCAUUCUCUUACCAUUCAAUCUGUUUAUGAAGAGCCUUUUUGCUAAAGCACUUGUAAUCAUGUUCAAACUGAUCAAUUUGUAAGUGAAACCAUAAAUGCACACUAAUUAUAAACAUGGAUACGAGAAAAGGAUACCCUUUUGCCUUUUUGAUGCACUUUUUUGUGCAAUGAGACUUGUGUCUUUUUCUCAUAGUGAAUCAACAUUUGUAAGUGAGAAUAAAAUUCUAUCAUAUCCGA